AUGGUCUACUACCCCGCACGUCCCGCUCCUACCGGUCGUCUCACGCAGACCGUCACGAUCGGCCCAAACUCCGACCGACCUCUCACCGUACACCGGAUCGCCAUGGCCCCGCUGAGCCGUUUUCGAAACGACCCAGACACUCUGGCUCCAACGGACAUGGCGGUCGAGUAUUACGGUCAGCGUGCGAAUAAGGGCGGGUUGAUGAUCACCGAGUCGACCGUCAUCUCGGAAGAGGCUGGAGGUUAUCCCAACGCGCCGGGUAUCUAUUCGGAGGAACAGGUCUUUCGAUGGCGCAAAAUCACCGACGCCGUACACGCCAAAGGCGGUUACAUCUGGCUCCAACUCGGGGCCCUCGGACGGGCCAACGGAGGUCAUUUCCCUCAUAUCCCGAUCGUCGCACCGUCGCCCAACCCGAUCAGAGGUGUUCAUCCUGCUACCUUGUCGACGGAUACGCCGGAUUCGAGGCAGAUGGCCGAGGAGGAUAUCGAACGGUACUUGCGGAGUUAUACCAGCGCAGCGGCCAAUGCCAAAAGGGCGGGGUUUGAUGGAGUAGAGAUCCUAGGUGGGAAUGGAUACUUGAUAGAUCAGUUCACCCAAUCCGUCUCGAACAAACGUACCGACAGCUGGGGAGGUCCGGUAGAGAACAGGAUCAAGUUUGGAUUACGCGCACUCGAGGCGGUGGCCCAGGUGUUUGGACAAGAGAAAGUCGGCAUCCGACUCAGUCCUUGGGGGAGGCAUCAAGACAUGUUGGAGGAAGACCCGUAUGCGACCUUUGUCCCGUUCGUCAAGGCCAUCGUCAAACAACAUCCCGAGCUCGGUUACAUCCACCUGGUCGAAGCACAGUCUUCCUGGUCCGGCAUGGAAGCUGACAAGAAUGUCGGAGAGGGUAUCGUAGAGAGCAACGAUAUCUUCCGAGCCAUCAUACGUCGACAAGACACUUCGGCCUUUACGAGUCCAUCGGACUACGCCAGGUCCAGCCCACGCAUAGAAAGUCCUUCUGAGGAGAAUCCGACGGUGAUCCUCUCGGCUUCGGGACAUACCCCAGAGGAUGUCGCCGAAUGGGUCGAGCGCACCGGAGAUGUGGCCGUGUUUGGUCGAUAUUUCAUUGCCAACCCGGACUUGCCAGCGAGGGUGUUUGAAGGUCUCCCUGUCAAUCAUUACGAUCGACCUACUUUUUACUCGGCUGGACCGCGAGGGUAUACCGACCUGCUGACUUACGCAGAGGAGCAGGAACGACGAGGAGAUGGUCGACAGUGAUCAAUGUGCUAUUAUGGUGUAUGUUCCGAUAUAGAUGCAUAGCAUGGCGAUGUGACGAGUCUGGAC